AAAUAAUACGCUUCUUUAAACUAAGCGCAUGUUAUUAUGCACAUCUCUGUGGACGUCGCAAUAACUCCGAAUACAUACCCUUAUAUUAGCUAGAAUUAUCGAGAUUGCACAACGCUAUAUCGCGCCGGCUACGCCUCUAAACUAAGAGAGUAUAAAUUCCAUGCCGACGGCUAUUGAUCAUCACGCAUUGCUACGGGUUACGGGUUGAUCAUGGACCACAUGACUUCAAAACUUGAAGAGCAGUGGAAUGCUGUCCCAAUACUGCAGUCCAGGCCUCUUCCUUAUGUGGCGGCCUUUUUAGUGGUGGUUCUGGCUAUAUUCUACUGGCACGUUCCGUCAAACGUGCCGGUAUUGAAUGCGAAAGGUUUCUUCGAGUUCUCUGAUGAACGCGUGAAGAAGGUAUUCCUAGGCAAUGCCAGGCAGAUGCUACAUAAUUGGUUUGAAGAAAAUCCAGACAAACCUGUUUCGGUUUAUACCGAUACUGGAACGGUUAUAGUACUGCCAGGAAGUAUGGCAAACGAAAUCCGAAACGAUAAGAGAUUCCACUUGCGUCAGCGGGUUGAAAGGAUGAUGCAUGGUCGCCUACCGGGCUUUGAGGUGUUCCGUGAUGAUAAUAACAACCAGCUCGUCACGACCGUAAUUAAUAAGGAUCUGACCAAACAGUUGGCGAAGGUCACUGCACCCCUAGCUGAGGAGACUUCGUUAGCCCUAGCUGAUUUGCUUGGUGAAGAUACAGAAUGGCACGAAUUGCCUCUCCAAGGCACUAUUCUCAAGUUAAUCUCUCGCCUUUCCUCACGGGUUUUCCUCGGAACUAAGCUCUGCCGCAACGAAGAAUGGCUACAGGUUACAAGAGAGUAUGCAGUAAUAGCAUUCCUAGCUGCACAAGACCUUCGAUUAUGGUCUCCUUGGAUACGGCCAAUUGCGAACUUAUUCCUUAGUAAAUGUCGAAUGAGUCGUGCUUUAAUACAAAAAGCCCGAGAACUGAUUCAACCCGUUAUCCAAGAACGUACGAGACUCAAGGCCAAAUCCACAGAAGGUCAGGCAUCAGAAUUCAACGACGCAAUUUCUUGGUUCGAAGAUGCAGCAAAUGCCGAAUCAUUCGAUCCCCAAAUUGUCCAAUUAUCGCUUUCAACGGUGGCCAUCCAUACAACAACAGAUCUGCUGUGCCAAACGCUUGCGGAUAUUGCGAUGCACCCUCAGAUCAUCGAGCCACUACGAGAAGAAAUAAUUUCGAUUCUCAGCGAGGAUAACGGGUUAAAAACGACUUCAUUUGGUAAAAUGAAACUUCUCGACAGUUGUAUCAAAGAGAGUCAGCGCUUGAAACCAUUGUCCAUGGCAUCAAUGGGCCGGAUAGCCACUGAGCAAGUAGUUCUAUCCGAUGGCACCGUGAUUCCCAAAGGCCAAAGCAUAAUCGUUGAUUCGAGCAAGAUGUGGGACUCCAAAGUCCAUCCUACAUCCCCAGGAAAAUGGGACGGAUAUCGUUUCCUUCGAAUGCGCGAAGAUCCUAAGAAGCGGGAUAUAGCUCAACUUAUAACGACGUCGCCUGAACAGAUCGCAUUUGGUUACGGUGUUCACGCCUGCCCUGGCCGUUUUUUCGCAGGGAACGAAAUCAAAAUUGCAUUGGCUGCCAUCUUGUUGAAAUACGAGUUGAAGUUAGAGGAAGGCCAGACGCCAAGGGCAUUCGAUCAUGGUUUUACCUGCAACUUUGACUUCUCCGUGAAAAUAAGCGUUAAACGGCGCAAGAAAGAAAUAGGGAUAUAAUAGAUAGCUAGAGGUUUAGGGUAUAAUUUCUUGAG